AUAACCCUUGGAAGAUGGGAGCCACGAAGAUCUUCAAUCUGCUGCUGGGGUCCCUGCUCCUGGCCGCGGUGCUGGCAGAGAAAGGGGAGGGUCACUCCAGACUCCACACUAGGGUCAGUGGCUCCCGACCUCGAGGCCCCAGGUACGCCGAGGGGACUUUCAUCAGUGACUACAGCAUCGCUAUGGACAAGAUCCGCCAACAAGACUUUGUGAACUGGCUGCUGGCCCAGAAGGGGAAGAAGAAUGACUGGAAGCACAACAUCACCCAGAGGGAGGCCGGGGCCCUGGAGCUGGCCCAUCAAUCUAACAGGAAGGAGGGGGCGGCGAGGGAGCAGCAGGGCUCCCUACCCAAGAACCCCAGUGAUGAAGAUCUGCUAAAGGAUUUACUGAUUCGAGAGCUGCUGGCUUGGAUGGCGGGUCAGAUGGAAAUCUGCAGGCUCAGGUUUCAGUGACUCAGACCAAACCCAGCUCAGGUCCGGACUCUGCCCUUCACUUGCUCAGGCCUCAGCUGCACCCCAGGGCCCCCGAGAGAAGCCAAACCAAUAAAGUUCAAGCUGAAAUGAA